CCGGAUCGGCCCAUCCGCCACGAGAUCAUCCUCGUGGCCGGGGCCGUACCUCCGCAUGGUUGCAUCUACCGCAUGAGUGAGGAAAAGUUAAGUGUGCUACAAGCACAAUUCGACGACCUUCUCGAGAAAGGCUGGAUUCGACCUAGCUCUUUGCCAUACGGUGCUCCCAUUCUCUUCGUUUGGAAGAAGAACAAGGAUUUGCGGUUGUGCAUCGAUUAUUGCAAGCUCAAUGUGCAAACCGUCAAGAACGUCGGCCCUCUUCCGCGCAUCGACGACCUCCUCGAACGGUUGGGCGGCGCCAAGUUCUUCUCCAAGCUUGACCUCAAAUCGGGAUAUCACCAACUCGAGAUCCGACAGGAGGACCGCUACAAGACCGCGUUUAAGACACGACAUGGGCAUUUCGAAUGGCUGGUUAUGCCUUUUGGCCUUAUGAAUGCCCCAGCCACAUUCCAAGCGGCUAUGACAACGGAGUUCCGACACAUGCUGGAUAGAUUCGUACUCAUCUACCUCGAUGACAUCUUGGUGUACAACCGGAUUUUGGACGAGCAUGUGGAGCACCUACGCACCGUUUUGGAGCGGCUACGACAAGCCAAGUACAAAGCCAACCGCGACAAAUGCGAAUUCAUGCGGCAAGAGCUGCAAUACUUGGGACAUUAUGUGACACCGCAAGGCAUCCGUCCGCUUGCGGACAAGAUCGAGGCCAUCCGUGUAUGGCCCGAGCCCACCAACACCACGGACAUUCGCUCAUUCAUGGGGUUGGCGGGCUACUAUCAACACUUCAUCACCGGGUACUCAAGGAUUGCCGCACCUAUGACGAGAUCGCAAUCGCCAAAGUUGUCAUUCGUAUUCGAUGAUGACGCACGCCGAUCAUUCCGAGCACUCAAGACGGCCAUGCUCAUGGCACCCGUCCUUAGCAUCUACGCACCCCGUGGAGUAUUUCAGCCACAAAGUGUCUCCCAUCAAUUCACUUGAUGAUGCAAGGAAGAAGGAGCUGCUCGCGUUCGUGAUGGCUCUC